GUCUCCAAACCGCAGCACUCAGGAUGAUCCACAUAAGAUGGCGACAGGAACGAUAGAAACGAAGGCAGACGUACCGCCAGAGGAGAAGAAGCCGGCGAAACUCCCACCGGGCGUCGUACUAGGUCCGGACGGCAAGCCCUGUCGUUCGUGCUCGUCCGGCGCCGCAUUCAAAGCCUGGUCGUCCUUGAUGAAAGGAGGUGUCGCAACAACCGCACCGGCUGCCGCGCAGGCCGUUGCGUCUACACCAUCGGAUUGCCCGCCGGAUGUCGAGGAGCUUGGCCGUGCGUCCUGGACCCUUCUGCACUCCAUAACCGCCACGUAUCCUGAGAAACCUUCGCCGCAGCUGCAAUCCGAGACCAAAACAUUCAUGGGAAUAUUCGCAAAGCUAUACCCCUGCUGGUACUGCGCAAAGGACUUCCAGCAGUGGAUGCAGGACGAGCGGAAUGCGCCGCGCGUGAGCAGUCGAGACGAGUUUGGGAGGUGGAUGUGUGAAGCCCACAACCACGUCAACGUCAGGCUGGGGAAGAAGGAGUUUGACUGUACCCUUUGGGAGGAGCGGUGGCGGACCGGCUGGAAGGAUGGACGGUGCGACCGAGCCUAGGAGGAAUACCACUGCGACGGUGCCGGAGGGCUGUAUGAAUACCGUGUAUAGCGAAUGGGGUACAAGCACAGAGCGAGCAUUAGACUUGGGCGUUAUAAUGCAGCAUAUAGAGCGGCGUUAGGAAUACCACUCCCAGUUUUUCGAGCCAAAACAUCUGAAUGUGGCCUCAGGAGCCAGGGUCAAGAGUUAUGUGUCUAGUUGACGGAACGAAAAACAAGUCUGCAAUGAAGGCGGAUUGUCUAUCAACUAGGAGAUGGUAUUGUAACUAUUCCUGUUGCC